AUGUCUGACGCCGGCUCAGAGGGUCCCCUCGACCCCACUCUCCAGAACAUCCUCGACCAGAAGAGCCUCAAGUGGAUCUUCUGUGGUGGAAAGGGUGGUGUCGGAAAGACGACGACGUCAUGUUCGCUUGCGAUCCAGCUGUCCAAGGUCCGCGAGAGCGUCCUUCUCAUCUCCACUGACCCGGCGCACAACCUGUCUGACGCCUUUGCCCAAAAGUUCGGCAAGGACGCGACCAAGGUGAACGGCUUCGACAACCUGUACGCGAUGGAGAUCGACCCGAACAGCUCGAUGCAGGAGAUGAUCGAGAACAGCGACCAGGGCGGUGCGAUGGGCGGCAUGAUGCAGGACCUCGCCUUUGCGAUCCCGGGUGUGGACGAGGCGAUGGGUUUCGCCGAGGUCAUGAAGCACGUGAAGAGCAUGGAGUUCAGCGUCAUCGUGUUCGACACUGCGCCGACAGGCCACACGCUGCGUUUCCUCUCCUUCCCUUCCGUGCUCGAGAAGGCGCUCGGUAAGCUCUCGCAGCUCUCUGGCCGCUUCGGACCGAUGAUCUCGCAGAUGAGCUCCAUGUUCGGCGGCCAGGCCGGCGCGCAGGAGGACAUGUUCGCCAAGCUCGAGCAGAUGCGCGAGACGAUCACCGAGGUCAACACGCAGUUCAAGGACGCGGACCUGACGACAUUCGUGUGCGUGUGCAUCUCCGAGUUCCUGUCGCUGUACGAGACCGAGCGCCUCAUCCAGGAACUCACCAAGUACGGCAUCGACACGCACAACAUUGUCGUCAACCAGCUCCUGUACCCGAAGAAGGGCGACCACUGCGACCAGUGCUCGGUCCGCUACAAGAUGCAGCAGAAGUACCUCAAGGAGGCGUACGACCUGUACGACGACUACUUCCACAUCGUCCUCCUCCCGCUCCUCACGCACGAGGUCCGCGGAAGCGACAACCUCAAGAAGUUCUCCGAGCUCCUCGUCAAGCCCUACGAGCCCGGAGAGGUCCAGAAGCUCGAGGACAUUCCCGACGACCCCGACGCCGCCAACUAG